AUGGACCCUUCAGUCGGCCCUCUGAGAGGAUUUGAAGUGGAUGUGGACCUUGGUUUUGCCCUCUUCUUUUUCUUCCUUCUUUGCUUCUUUUUGCUCGUGACCAUUGUUCGCUGUGCUCACCUGGUGCUGGACCCUUACAGUGCUGUUUCUGUGUCUACAUAUAUGGAGGAGCAAGAGGACGAAACAGAGGAAUGA